CAUCAGCUAAAAAUAUGAUUUAUUCUAAAUUACCGGACGAUCUGCAAUGCCCCUCCAAAUCAGUGCUCAUCAGCUAUGAUGAGUCCAUGAUUUUGGCUGAGGAAAUAGCAAAUGAUUACAAAUCAUUUGAGAUUCUUGACAAUGAUAACAAAGAGGGAAGUCAAUAUAAAAGUAUUGGAAAUGAUCAUAAUUCUUCUCAAGGUUACAUAUUUGGCAUCACUUGUGCUGUUCUCUCAUCUGUAUGUUAUGCUAGCAAUAUUGUGUUUGGAAAACUAGCCUUGAGAAGAAACCCAAUGCUGACCACUUAUGAUAUUAAUUUUGUAAGAGCUAUUGUUGCUGUAUUUGUUACUUCUUAUCAGGUGCAUAAGAAUAACGUCCAGCUGACGAAAUGCUCUAAGAAGGCACUUAUUCUUCUGAUUGCAUGAAAUAUUUUAGGAGCAUGAAGAUGAUAUCCAACAGUAUGGGCUUACAAAUAUAUAUCGGCUACAAAAUGUAUUUUGAUUAUAAACACUUGUCCUCUCUUUGUGAUAAUUAUCGGAGGAUUAUUCCUAUCUGAAAAAGUGACUUAUAUCAAUUACUUAGUUGGUUUAAGUGCUAUUUUUGGGUGAUAUGUGCUAACAUUAUCCAAAUCAGAUGAGAGUGUACCAAACUCAAAUCCAUUGCUUGGAUAUAUCUUUGCUUUUAUUGCUUGACUCUCAAGAGCAGGAAAUAGUUCAAUGCAGAGAGUACUCUCGAAUAUUUGGCAUUAUAUGGUGUUUCCAUUUUAUUUCUCAUUUACACUUUUUCUCGUGUCACUUAUCGCAUGGAUAUUCUUUGAUGGACUAAUAAAUAUAGGGUCUUAUGAUCUCAUAGAUGUCUUAUUGCUUAUAUGCACAUCAUUUGGAACCACAUUCGGGUUGAUAUUGAUCGGAUUGAGUUUGAAAUAUCUUCCAGCAUCUACUGCUGCCCCAAUAGCCAACCUUGAAGUUGCCUUUGGGUUUAUUGCAGACGUCCUUAUUUUCCACUACGAGUUUUAUUUCAGUGACUUUUUGGGAGCCUGAAUUAUAUUCUCAGCCUUAGGGGUUCAUAUCAUGAUGCAAUGCUACAAAUAA